AUGGCAGAGGGUUUUAAGGCAGUUCCAGAAUCAUCUCCGCAAUCUGCAGGCUGCAGUAUCCCUGGAGUCAGAGAUGAGAAAAUUAUCAAGGAGCUGCAGGUUUCACUUUCUCAAGAACUCAGAGUUGGGGGGGAAAACUGUGGUUGGUCCCCUGCUAUGGGACUGGCUAUUCUUCAGGACUGGUGCAGGUGGAUGGGUGCCAAUGCCCAGCACUCCCUGCUCAUCCUGGGUAUCCCAGAUGACUGUGAGGAAGAAGAAUUCCAGGAGGCUGUGCAGGCUGCCCUCAGGCCCCUGGGCAGGUACCGAGUGCUUGGCAAGGUCUUCAGAAAAGAGAUCGGGGCAAAGGUCGCUUUGGUUGAAUUCGCUGACAAUUUAAACCAAAGCUCAGGGCAAGCUUUGGAAGGGUCUUCAGGUGGGGCAGGGGCUACAGUGGAGGAAGGAGAUGUAGUUAGGGCUGUGGGUGAGGCAGGAGGAGCAGCUGAGGAAGGAGCCAAGGGUGAGGCCAGAGUACCUGUUGAGGAAGGAGCCGAGGGUGAGGCCAGAGUACCUGUUGAGGAAGGAGCCGAGGGUGAGGCCAGAGUACCUGUUGAGGAAGGAGCAGAGGGAGCUGCAGCCAAGGCAAGAAUGUCAGAAGAGGAAGAAACAGAGGGCGAGGAAGGAGCAGGUGAGGCAGGAGGAGCAGCCCAGGAAGAAGCUGCAGCUGAGGCGAGCAUGCCAGAUGAGGAAGGAGCAGAGGCUGAGGAAGGAGUUGUAGCUGAGGGAGGGGUUGUGUAUGAGGUAGCAGUAGUAGAUGAAGCAAGAUUGUUAGAUGAGGGGGCUGUGGAUGGGGAAGAUGAUGUAGUUGAGGCUGGGGCUGCAAGAAUGUCUGAUGAGGAGGGAGCUGGAGGUGACAUGGGGGUCGCAGGUGUUAUAGGAGCUAUGGGUUGGGCAGGGGCUGCAGGAGGUGAUGAGGAGUCUGCAGGUGAUGAGGACUCUGCAGGUGAUGAGGGGUCUGCAGGUGAUGAGGGGUCUGCAGGUGAUGAGGGGUUUGCAGAUGAUGAAGGCUCUGGGAGCGAUGAGGGGUCUGCAGGGGACGAAGGAUCUGUGGAUGAUGGAGGGGCCAUGGGAGAAGAAGGAGCUGUAGGAGAGGAUGAGGCAGGAGCAGUAGGAGGGGCACAUGGGGCUGGAGCCUGGACCCAUCAGUGGGGCCAAGCCGUGCAGCCCAUCCUGGAAAACAUGGCCUACCAGGAGCUGAGACACUUCUCUGGGAUGGAAGAGCCCGGCUGUGGGCGUCUGUCUUUUGAGAGCUGGCUGGAGCACGCCAAUGACAUGCUAUACAUGUGGCGCCACAUAUCCGAGACAGAACGGUGUCGGCGGCUGGUCGAGAGCUUGGACAGCCCUGCCCUGGAUCUCCUGUGUGAGCUUCUGGAAGAGAAUCCAGACACCCCUGUGCAGGACUGCCUGGCUGCACUGGUGCAGGUGUUUGGCAACAAGGAUACUAUCAUAAGUUCAAAAUUUAAAUUUCCCUUGGUUGUUUCCUAA